AACGCACAGUAAUUAUAAACAAACGCGCCUUUGUACACAAGCUUUCGGGUGACUAGCAGAAUCGUCUGAAUAUGUAUACGCCCUAAAAUGCAUUUUUAUGACACAUUCAAAGCUUGUCGGUAUUUCUUUGUUAUUAAUAUGGCGACGCAUGCUAACAGCUAGCUGAGGUCCCAUUGAAAUAAAUGAGAGAUGAGGCUAAGCAUUGAUUAGCCUGCUGAUACUGAUGUAAACAACCUGUUUAGUGAUGAUACAGUCCUGGUGUCGCUGGAAAUACACAGGUGGCAGACUGAAGCUGUGAAUAUGAGUGAUGAUAAACCAUUUCUCUGCACUGCUCCUGGCUGCGGACAGCGAUUCACAAAUGAAGACCACCUGGCGGUGCAUAAACACAAGCAUGAGAUGACCCUGAGAUUUGGUCCAGCACGCAAUGACAGUGUCAUCAUCGCUGACCAGACACCGACACCGACCCGCUUCCUGAAGAACUGCGAGGAGGUCGGGCUGUUUAACGAGCUCACCAGCCCGUUCGAGCAUGACUUUAAAAAGGCCACGGAGGAUGACAUUAAAAAGUUGCCUCUGGACUUGUCUCCUCUUGCGACUCCUGUUGUUCGAAACAAAAUAGAGGAGCACACACCCAUUGCGUCCCACCGAGACAGCCCCCUUCCCCACCCUGAGUCGACCACCACUGACGACAAGGAGGUUUCUUUGCAGCCGACCUCUCUGCCUCCAUCCACUAUAGUCCGUCCUGCCUCCCUCCAAGUCCCCAAUGUACUACUGGCCAGCAAUGAGGCUGGUGUUGUUAUUCAGCGAGCUCUCCCAUCUCCAACAUCUAGCUCUGUUAUAACCCAGGUCCCAUCCUCUAGUAGACCGAUAGUUCCGGUGUCCGGCACGUUUCCGGUUCUGCUGCAGCUGCCUAACGGUCAGACGAUGCCAGUCGCCAUUCCAGCCACCAUCGCCAGCUCCAGCGUACACAUACCCACUGCCAUUCCUCUUGUCAGACCAGUCACCUUAGUGCCUAGUGUCCCUGGAAUCCCUGGCCCCUCCUCUCCACAGCCUGUCCAAUCAGAAGCCAAGAUGAAGCUGAAGGCGGCCCUCAGUCAGCAGAUCCCUCAGGUAACCAACGGCGAUGCAGGUGACAUCCAGAGCAGCUCGGCCAGUGAGACUCCGCCCCCGGCCCCGCCUCCAGCUGAUGAGCCACGCCCACAGUCACUACAGCAGCCGGCUACAUCCACCACAGAAACGCCUGUGUCUCCGGCCCAGCACACCUCCAGCACAGGUGGGCGGCGGCGGAGAACCACCAGCGAGGACCCAGACGAGAAGAGGCGGAAGUUUCUGGAAAGGAACAGAGCGGCUGCGUCUCGCUGCAGGCAGAAGAGGAAAGUCUGGGUGCAGAAUCUGGAGAAGAAAGCGGAAGACUUGAGCAGCAUGAACGGACAGCUACAGAAUGAGGUGACUCUUCUGCGCAGCGAGGUGGCCCAGCUGAAGCAGCUUUUACUGGCUCACAAAGAAUGUCCCGUGACGCUCCUGCAGAAGAAAUCAGGAUACCACCAGCUGGAGAAGGAGGACAGCUGCGGGGAGAUGUCUGUUCCCAGCAGCCCACAGAAUGAGGCCAUCCAGCACAGCUCCAUCAGCACAUCCAACGGCGUCAGCUCCCUCGCAUCCGGCCCCCCUCUGGGGCCCGCCGCAGACCACAGCACAGAGGAGGAGGACGACUCGCACUCUUCCUCUCACGCCCAGUCUUCAGGAAGCUGAUCAGGCCUCUGAUUGGUGGCUUUGAUUCCUGGCAGCCAUGUUGAAAUGAGGGAGACGAGAGAACCCUGGAGCAGUUUUCAUUUGAGCUCUUGGUGAAGAGUUGUGAGUAGGCACUUGUGAGGUGAUGCAGAAACUGUACUGAUUGUUUCAUGGUUUUUCCAUUUGUGGUGUGUCCGGAUUCAUAGCGAGAGGAAAGAGACGUACCGAAGCACUCUCAGAGGCUUAAAGAUGGAAGAAUUGGCCACUUUAUAAUUUAUUUGCCUUUUAUAUUUUGCACAUGAAGGGAGUGAAAGGUGUGUGUUUUUUUAAGCGAUCAUUGUUUUAAGUGCUUGACACAAGCAGUUCCAGCUGAUUUUUAGGAGUAGCUUUAAAACCAAUCUGAUCGUCAGUCUUCUAGAAAUAGUGAGGUGUUGUUGUGUGAAUGUUUCACAAGGAUCCUGGCAUGUUAAAGGAAGAUUUUCUGACAUGAAUGAUUGUUCAUCGGGCCGUGAUUGUAGGUGUAGAUGCUGACUUUUCAAAUGCUUACUUCGAUAUGUGCCAUUUAUUUGGUUGCAGGUUAUUGAAAUUACAAUAACACAUUUCUUUUAGUUUAAUUACAAUGACGUGAAUUCGUGACUUGCCUGAGAGCUUUUCAUGGACUUAUUUUGAUAAGAACCUUGAUGCUUUUUUAUAAGUGAUUUUUUCUGUGGCUGACUUUGUAUUUGUGGUGUCUGACUCUUAGAGACAUUGAGAAAAGAUCACUAGUUCAUUCACUUCUGAUUACAGUGUAAUUAAGGAAGCAUUGUAUAUGGCAUUAUGAUGAAAUCAUUGUAUGUGAUCUCUACUGGUACUAUGUCUUAGGAUCAUGACGACAAAAAAAUCACCUGAACAAACCUUUCAAUAAGGCUUUCUCUGGUUUUCAGCAAUUCUGUCUUUAAAAAUUAAACUCGACAAAACUGAACAGGAACUGGAGCUGCUCUUCAAAACAAACAAAGACGGAUAUAAAACUCUACUGUCUUUAAGUUCUACUAUUAAGGUACUAAGUAAGGAAAAUAGAUGAAGUCUUUCAUUAUCAUCCUCUUCUAUCUUUAAAAUCUAUUGGCUUACUACUGUGUAGUUCUACAAGACUUUGCUGCAUUUCGUUCUGCUUUUAAGUCAACUUGAUUUUGGUUUCAAAGGUAAAUUUGUAUGACUGAAUUCUCUAAGAGAAUUGUUUCAGAAGUGUUUCAACCAUGUCUCUGUUGCAGUUGAACAUCUUGGCAGCUUUACAAUGGGGGUUUUGUUCUUAUUUACUAGGUUCACUUUGGAAAAAGGAUGUGAUGUGGGAAUUAUUGUGUUGGCGGUCAACUUGUAACUUGUGGAAGUUAUGUAUAAAUUAUAAUAAAU